AUGAAUGAGUUCUCCUUAGCAAGCAGUACCUUCGACAUGUCUUAUGCUCUGUGGCUAAUUUUAUUCGUUUACAAUGGAAAUGAUCCCGAUUAUUGUCACAAUCCACCAGGUAACAUAUUUCAUUUAAAAUUUAAUUCCGAAGUGUUGGUCCUUUGCGGUACGGAAAAUAUUUUACGAGAGUGGUAUUCCAUCAACUCGAAUCAAACACAGAUCGAUGAUUUAGCAACUUGGAGUUUAGAGAAAGGAAUCACUAAAAUAGUUUCAGGUUCUCUUUACCAGAGAAGAUGUGAUUUACAGGGUUUGACCAUGAAAGCCGUUUUAGUUAAGAAUUCACAGUUCCUUUACAAAAACGCAUUUGGCGAAUUAGACGGUAUAUUAAGUAGAAUGUUGAGAGCAAUUUGUAUUGCAGCGAAUUUUAGUAUUAAAAUUGUGUCGGAAGUAGAUCUGUAUGGAAGAUGGAACUCGGAAAGAAAUACUUGGACCGGUGCAAUUGGUGAAUUAUAUACUGGACAUGUUGACAUUGGCUUACCGGUUUUUGCUUUGACAAAAAACAGAUUGACUGCAGUGGACUUCUCGUUUCCUCUUCUCACCAGUAAAACCUAUCUUUACAUACAGGAACCAGGAUUAUUCGAGAUUAAAUGGUCAUCUUAUUUUCUAACUUUUUCUCGAUUGAUCUGGAUCGCUAUAUUUGGAAUAUUAAUUACUGCAUCGAUUUUAUUGAUUUUUCUCAAAAUGAAGAAUAAAUACGUUCGUAACACGGGACAAUUAUUAUCCGACAAUCUUCUAGAGAUUUGGGGUAUAUUGUGUCAACAGGGAUUGGCAGAUAUUCCAGAUAGAUUUUCAUUAAGAAUAGCGUACUUUUCUAUAUUCCUUUUGGCUGUGAUCAUAUCGGCUGCAUAUUCUGCAUCAAUGACGAGCAUUUUAACAGCCGGUAUCCAAAAAUUACCCUUUCAAUCGUUAGAAACUUUCGUUGAAGAUGGUACUUAUCAACUUAUCGUCAUUCGUGAUACUGCUGAAUAUGAUGUAUUUGUCAAUUCGGAUGAUCCGCUUGAAAAGGAAUUGAUGAAAUUCAUGUUGGACGAGGAAAAAUUGCCAAUAACUAUAUACGAAGGAUUUAUGAAUAUUUGUAAAAAUCAUAAACUAGCGAUCUAUACAUCCAGUCGAAUAGAAGAUAUUCUAAUUGAAAAAAUACCAUGUGAAAUUGUUUCUAUUGACACAGGACGUAUAGAAGCACUUGGUAUAAUUUUAUCGAAGCAGAAUCCAUUCACCGACAUCAUUAAUAGUCAUUUAAAGGAAUAUAUCAACAAUGGAAUGAAUAAUCGUAUAAGAGAUAUCGUAUCUGAACAGGAAUCCAAUGAUAAAAUCAAGCAUCAACCAGUUUACAUAACCAGCAGCAAGAGAUAUUCUGAUAUUACUAGUAUGUUAAAUAUUUUAUGA